UUUCACCGGUUCCGAUGGAAUCCGAAUGUACUUCCGGUUAAUAUCGGCUGCCACAAAUCGAACGUUGUUUCGUUUCACUCGCACACGUGCCAUUGUUUAACAAGCAGUACAUGAUCGAUGAAAUCUUUAUCCUAGAAUAGCAAACAGUUUCGAUCCUGAUGAGACGCCACAUUCUCUGCACAGGCUAUGAUGUAGUCGCAUGGAAUGACCACACCCCCACCUGUUGCUUCUGGGGCUGGCCAGGGUGCAAAGCUAGGACAGGGCUCUCCAGUGGCUAAAGCGAACGAAGACAGCAAAGUACACUGACGAGCGAGUGCUACUUAUGAACGAAAUCAUCGCAGGAAUGCGCGUCAUAAAAAUGUACUGCUGGGAAAAACCUUUUGGUGACCUUGUAAAGAAAGUUCGAAAGGACGAAGCAUCCAAGGUCAAACUUCUUGGAUACAUUAGGGGUCUCAUUCUUGGCCCCUUUUUCGUGUCUGUUCAGCUCAUCCCCUUUUUAGUAUAUUUGGCGUUUGUUUAUUCGGGGGGCAUUAUGACGUCUGAAAGAGUGUUCGUUUCGAUGGCACUUUUUCAACCCGUUCGUCUAUCCUGUGUACUGUUCAUGCCAUUCGCAAUUCAGUUUAUAUCAGAUUCAAAAGUCACCUUUAAAAGGAUGCAGACAUUUUUACAACUAAGUGAACUGCCCUCAACAGAACAUGGCAGACAUGAGACGGACUAUUCACCUGCCAAGAACUGCCGUAUUGUCAUCGAAAACAUGCAUGCCAAAUGGGACAAUGAAGUAAACCAGCUCACACUCCAGAAUGUCUCUGCCACCGUGGAGUCAGGGAGACUGGUUGCCAUCAUUGGACCCGUAGGAGCUGGGAAGUCCUCAUUGCUGAUGGCGGUGCUAAAUGAACUUCCGCUGCUUAAGGGCAGUAUCUCGGUGACGGGUCGCCUUGCAUACGUAUCCCAGCAACCCUGGGUGUUCUCUGCCUCGCUGCGACAGAACAUCGUGUUUGGAAACAAGUACGAGAAGGCCAAAUACGACAGGAUCCUGAAAGCCUGUGCACUGAAUAAGGACAUAGCCAUCAUGCCACAUGGUGAUUUGACCCUCAUUGGUGACCGUGGGGUCAGUCUGAGUGGCGCGAGGGUCAGUCUGGCCCGAGCUCUGUACAUGGAUGCAGACGUUUACCUGCUAGAUGACCCACUCAGCGCAGUGGACGCAGCUGUGGGGAGACACAUCUUUGAAAACGUAGUGCAGGGAUACCUGAAGAACAAACCAAGAGUUCUGGUCACUCAUCAGCUGCAGUUCCUCAAGGAGGCAGAGCAGAUCCUCAUUCUUAAAGAGGGAGAGAUGAUUGGCAAAGGGACCUUCAAAGAGCUCUCCAUGUCAGGUAUAGACUUCUCCUCACUUCUCAAAAGUGACGAUGAGCAGGCUGAUAAAACUGCAUCAGGUCAUGUGACCUCCGCCUCGGGAUCUCUCCACCUGCAGGGGAGCAUGUCCCACGAACCCCAGAGCAAGUUGCAUGAGAGUAGCCGCCAUAGGUUACACAGCACCCCAUCCAAGUCACAUGAGGUCACAAAUGGGAAUUUUCAAUUUUCCGUACAGGAGUCAAGGCGCGGGUCAGAACUUUCCUUGACUUCCGUUGGCACAAUAGGCGAUGAAUUCAGUGCAGAGGAGGUUCAACUCCCAGAAGAGGAAGAGCGACAUCAGGGUACAGUGGGAUACGGUAUCUACUAUAUGUACUUCAAGGCUGGGGCAGGCAUCAUCAAGUUCCUCCUUCUCGUGUUUUUAUGCCUCGCCGCCCAGGGUGUAUACAUCCUCAGUGAUUGGUGGCUGUCACGCUGGUCAAAUGAAGAGGAGGCCAGAUAUUCUGCACUUGAACGACACAAUGCUCUUCUAGCAGAGGGCUACAACAUCACAAACAUCACCAUUCCGAUAGUCGACACAAACUUCAACGUUUCCGUCUUCAGCGGGAUUAUUGGCGGGGUUUUCCUGUUUGGAAUACUUCGGGCGUUGAUGUUUUUCAAGGUCACAGUGGAUGCCUCUCAGGCCCUACACAACACAAUGUUUGCCAGCAUUUUGAGAUCACACAUUGGGUUCUUUGAUACAAACCCAGUCGGUCAUAUUUUGAAUCGGUUUUCCAAGGACAUCGGACAUAUGGAUGAUCUCCUGCCUAAUACCUUCUUUGACUUCACACAGUGUGCCUUGAUGAUCCUGGGUAUAGUGGGCGUGGCAGGUGUUGUCAACCCCUGGGUGUUUAUUGUGGUGCUCCCACUUAUAGUUCUCCUUGUGUUCAUAUUCCGCUAUCACAUUCAAACUUCACGGCACAUCAAAAGACUGGAAGGAACAACUCGCAGCCCCGUGUUUUCUCACUUGAGUGCCUCCCUGCAAGGCCUGCACACUAUACGAGCCUUCAGCGUGCAAGGGAAGUUCAUCAAGGAGUUUGACAACCACCAGGACCUGCACACGGAAGCCUGGUUCCUAUUCCUCACCUCGUCUCGUUGGCUCGCUGUUCGCCUGGACUUGCUGUGCGCCAUGUUUGUUACUGCUGUCUCGUUCUUAUGCGUGGUGGCAGCAGAUAGCUUAAAUGCUGGCCUUGUGGGUUUGUCCAUGACCUAUGCCAUGAGCUUGAUGGGUUUGUUCCAGUGGGGAGUCAGGCAGAGUGCAGAGAUAGAGAAUCAGAUGAUAUCAGUGGAACGUGUCCUUGACUAUUCUCGCCUACCCUCUGAGGCCCCGUUUGAGGCCCCUAACGACAGGAAACCCCCACCAAAUUGGCCACAGCAUGGCAGGAUCUCUGUGCAGAGGGUCAGUCUCAAGUAUGCAACCGACGGGCCCACCGUUUUGAAGAAUAUCAGCUUUACCAUAGAGGCUAGAGAAAAGAUUGGAAUUGUGGGUAGAACAGGUGAUGGUAAAAGCUCACUGAUCACAAUGUUGUUCCGUCUGGUUGAACCGACAGGCAGCAUCACCAUUGAUGACGUGGACACCCUACAGAUAGGGCUGCACGAUCUACGUAAUCAGAUCUCCAUUAUACCACAGGAUCCGGUUUUAUUCGCUGGAAAACUUCGCAGAAAUUUGGAUCCAUUCAGUAACCAUAGUGAUGAUGCAUUGUGGAGAGCAUUAGGAGAGGUGCAACUGAAGAACGCAGUAGAGGACCUCCCGCACGGUCUCGACACGGAGGUAUCAGAGGGAGGUAUUAACUUCAGCGUGGGUCAGCGUCAACUGAUAUGCCUGGCUCGUGCCAUCCUUAGAAACAACAAGAUACUCAUGAUUGAUGAGGCAACAGCAAACGUUGACCCGAGGACAGAUGGCCUGAUCCAGCAAACGAUACGUGAGAAGUUCAGAAAGUGUACCGUGCUGACCAUCGCCCAUCGGCUAAACACCAUCAUGGACUCUGAUAGACUGCUGGUCCUUCAUGAUGGAGAGAUAGAAGAAUUUGAUGCACCACACCUUCUUCUACAAAAGCCAGAGGGACUGCUUCUAAAGCUUGUAGAACAGACUGGGAAGACAGAAACUACCAACCUCAUUGAAAUUGCCAGAAAAUCGUACGAAAAUAAGAACAGAGAUGACAUCAAUGAAGAGGUUCAAGCAUCCAAUCUUGCUGAUAUCAUGCAAGCCAUUUCCCAGCAUGAUGUUGCCAUGACAAUCGAAGAGCUCGAUGAGUUAAGAAUGGCAGAGAAUAAGGAAAAAGAGGCUGAAAAUGGGACUGGUGAUAAGGAGGAAGAUAUAGAAGAUGCUGCUGAGAAAGUUAGUCGGGAGGAAUCUGAAACAAAAGAUCCGGUUCAAGAUAUUGGAGGAAAGGAUGAAGAUAUAAAUGUAGAUAUGGGAGAACUGGAUAAUGGAGUUAAGUCAGUAGAUGGUCCAACAGGUGAAACACCUGUGGGUGAUGUAGAUGAUGAAGUUUAAAGUGAAGAAAAAUCAAUACUUCUUGCUGAUAAAGACAAGAAGGCAGAUAACCUAGAUGUGGAUGUGGGAAAAGUAGAUGAAAAUGAUGAAGCGAAUGAAACAGAUAACCUCCAUAGGAAAGAUGAACAUAGAAAAUAAUUAAACAAGUAUUUGAAUCAAUAUGAUAAGUAUAAUAAGCAUAUUUGACUUUUGCUAUUCAAUUGUAAAAAUACAAAUACACAAUAGUUAAAUUGAAUCGCUCUAUGGUUUGUAUUGAUAUGCUCGGUAGUUCAAUGCGCAUGAAUUCACAUAAUUUAAAUUGUAUUAAGAGGAAAAGACCGCCUAUUCACAAUGGCAAGUCAUCAUUUAAAGGUGAAAUGCGAGAUAGACUCAUUCAGACUCAUCAGUGGGGACUACUUUACGGAUGCGAGAAAUCGGGAUUACACAAAUUUAUCGAUUUUGAACGUAAACAUCUAUUUUUUUGUACAAUGCUUCUGGGUAACAAAUUUAUAGUACCCGAGCCGACAAUGACCAAUGGAGCCUUACUAACUGUAUAAUGCUUAUACCUCACCAACUACCUAUACCUUGUUGUGUUUAUCAACCUGAUAUUUAUGUAAAAUCCGGCUUUUUUUACUUUAAUUUUUCAUUCAAUUGAUUACGCAAUUUUUUAGAUAUCUUGUGGGAAAUUAUUUCACUCUUUGGAUUUUAAUGACGACAAGGCCAAGCUAAAAGUGUCAUUUAAUUUUACAAAAGAAUCUAAAAUGUAUUUUAAUAUUGUGUGUUUGUCACGAUAAUUUAGUGUUUUUCAGAAAAUUUGAGUAGCCAGUUAUAUGGCUGGCAACUGUGCAGUAAAACGAAAGUAUUUGUGACAUUUUACUUGAUAUAUUUGGAAAAAGUAGUCGGCAUCUAGAGUAAAUGUAACCGGCGAAAUGGCCGGCUGCCGGUAAUUAAAGACAACACUGAUAAUGGUUAACUAAAUAAAAUAACUUGCUGCGACUGGAUUACGGCUUUGUAAAAUUGUUUUUUGGGUCAUAAUGGUUAGCAUUCAAUACAAAUGUUAUUAAAAAAUAUUGUGUUUUAAAAUUAAUUUUGAGAUUGGGAUGGUAGAACAGAAAAUGAAAGGGUAUACAGGAAUGGAAAUGAGUGGUUUCCUGUGAGCCCGGGGCGAGUAGAUUUUGGCCUGGGCAAUUCAAUUUCAAAAGUUGGUUGUCCGGCCGGGCAACUAGGUUUUUUUAAAGCUUAAAACAAUUCAGUGCAAUAAAAAUUGAAUAACAAUUGACCACCAUGGAUCAAUACUAGUUAAAUAACAUUCAUUAUUUAGGAAUAGGAAAUGAUUUAAUUCAGUCUCAUAAUAAUACAUCAUGCAUUGUACAUGUGUAAUGUCAGCAAUUUUAUUUAAUUAUCUAUUAUUUUAUUAAAAGAAUGUAUAAUAUACACAUGUACAUAUUUCUGGGCUCGUUAUUCUUUAUCUGGGCAACCAAAAUACUAUAGAUGGAUGCCCAUGCGGGCAACAAAUAGUAGGAAGUUCGUUUCAAUCCCUGGCAUAUCAUUGUAACUUUAUUGAUAUAAGCAUUCCAUUAAAGUUGUGAUUGAGGUAAGCUUUUUGUUAAAAGUAUAUUUACUUUUUAGCUCGACUAUUAUAUAUGAAAUAUAUAUAGUAGAGCUAUCCUACUCACCCCGGCGUCGGCGUUUCCGUGCCUGUUAGCGUUAGCAUGCAAAUGUUAAAGUUUGCAUACUACCCCAAUUAUUUCCUAUGUCCCUUGACAUAUUGCUUUCAUAUUUUGCAUACGUGUUUACCAACAUCACCCCAACCUAUAAACAAGAGCAGACAAGUGUAUCAAGCAUUUUGACAGAAUUAUUGCCCCUAUUAUACUCAGUAUAUGCAUAUUAUUGAUAAAUCUAUGUUAAAGUUUGCGUACCACCACAAAUAUUUUCAAUGUCCCUGGACAUAUUGCUUUCAUAUUUUGCAUACUUCUUAACCAACAUGACCCUUAACCUAUAAACAAGAGCAGACAUCUCAAUCAAGCAUUUUGUAAUACUUAUGGCCCUUUUUCCUCUUAGAAUAUGCAUAUUAUUGAUAAAUCUAUGUUAAAGUUUGCGAACUACCCCAAAUAUUUUUAAUGUCCCUUGACAUAUUGCUUUCAUAUUUUGCAUACUUAUUUACCAACAUAACCCCAACCUAUAAACAAGAGCAAACAACUAUAUCAAACAUUUUGUAAGAAUUAUGGCUCUUUUUUCACUUAGAAUAUGCAUAUUAUUGUUAAAUCUAUGUUAAAGUUUGAAUACCACCUCAAAUAUUUGCAAUGUCUCUUGACAUAUUGCUUUCAUAUUUUGCAAACUUCUUUACCAACAUGACCUCAAUCUACAAACAAGAGCAGACAACUGUGUCAAUAUUAUUGAUAUUAAUCUAUGUUAAACUUGCGUACCACCUCAAAUAUUUUCAAUGUCCCUUGACAUAUUGCUUUCAUAUUUUGAAAACUUCUUUACCAACAUGACCAUUAUCUAUAAACAAGAGCAGACAACAGUGUCAAGCAUUUUGCUAGAAUUAUGGCCCUUUCUCCAUUAUAUUAUAUGCAUAUUACUUUAGUUACAUAGCCAUAACUUUCUAAUAUAUGAUCAGAUUUUAUUAAGACUUUGACAAAACAACACUUACCCUGAACACCACAAUUUAUUCUACCCAAACAAUACCCCACGCCCCAACCCAGAAUGCCCCCCCCCCCCCCCAAGUAUAUGCUGGGGAACAUAUUGUUUUUGCCCUGCUGGUUUAUUGGUAAGUUUUUUUUUGUUGGUUUGCAUCAAACUUAAACAUGGGCCAUAACUUUUGCAAUAUUGAAGAUAGCAACUUGAUAUUUGGCAUGCGUGUGUAUCUCAUGGAGCUGCACAUUUUGAGUGGUGAAAGGUCAAGGUCAUCAUUCAAGGUCAAAGGUCCAAUAUAGCGGGGACAUAUUGUUUCACAAACACAUCUUGUUUAAAACUCCUAUUAAAGCUGAAAUAGUGUCAACAAUCUUAAUGUACAGCACCGUUUCAUUUGCAAUCAAUAUUAUAAUUUUUCUAAUAUUGUGCUACAUUUAAUUAUAAUGCUUUUUGAAACAAACAUGAUUUGUUACACACAUUUAUUUAUGAUUUUAUUAAUUAAAGCUUAUAUUGUGA